AUGCAAAGCAACGCUCAUGCAGACUCCACGUGUUUUGCGUUGCUGCUGCGGAGCUGGACGCCUUCUUUCCUUCCUUACCCCUUCGAGCUACCUCAACGCGAACAAACCCGGCGAAGAUACUACUCCAUCCACGAGCGGUGUCUGUGUUACAUCUUCCGAGUCUUGGUACUGUCGCGUACCAUAAAGGAGCACACAAACGACAUCUCAGGGCUGCAGCUGACUCCAGCUCAGAUAGCCAUGAUGAACCAUAUCUGGGACCAUCUUUCUAUUGUCAGUCAGCAAGCAGACCGCGGGGUUCUGCUACAGCCGUCACUAGACGGUGUCCAUGAGAAUCUCUUCCAACUUCUAGUCAUGUUCUGGAUAGACUUGUCGCACGAUGGAAACAUGAGCCGUAGCGCUAUCAUGAAUUUCUCUGGUGUCUUGGGGAUCCAUCCUACAGAACUGUGUUUCCGUAAACCCUAUGAUUAUACACCGUUCAUAUCGGCACUCCUGUGGGUGGGACGUCUCAUCAUACUCGAGCAAACCGCAACGAGCAUUGCUAAGAAGCAUCUCCCAAGCCUCGUUGCUUCGUUCAAACCCAACACACCUAAAGAUUAUAACGGGUUCCUCCAACUCCUUGCUUUCCAAACAGGUCACAGGCCCGUCACACAUGCUAGUGCAUACGCGCUCGAGCAUGGCUUUCCUACCAAACUCCAGCCAGAUCUCAUCGACCGCAACCUUGUGAACAGUCACAUGUGGCACGAAUUUACCUUAACCCGAGAAGAAGACGUUCUCGAUUAUAGUCUAGCAACCGCACACGAUACCCCAAGUGGUACCUUGCGGGUCAGCUACUGCCCAGACAACAUCGCUUCAGAGACCUCAGAGUGUGUCACACCAGAGACGAGCGAUGGAGAGUUUCCGGACGAACGUUUGCCUACACGGACCCAAGAGCGAAGGCGGCAAAGAGGGAAGAAGCGACGAACAGAGACCGAGAGUGUCAGCCCUCUAACAAGAAAAAUCCAUGCUAUGCAACAGCAAUUGAACGAUCUUGUCAAAGAACGCGCAAUGUCAAGAAAAACACAAGCUACAGGGCGACAGAAUAGUCGUAUCUACGUGGAAUGCAAUUCAGAAACAGAGCUAGAUACCAGCAAAGCCCAAAGACUCCAGUUCGAAAGCUCGCGGUGCUCGAACCUCAAUACCUAA